GUUUCGCGCUAUAAUGUUUAAUGCGCCAGCGCUAUAUAUACAUGUAUGAAGCAGACGAUAUUUCACGGACGUAGGAGUAGGGCAGGAAAGUCGUGUGCUAGGCCAGUUAUUUCUCUCAAAUUAAUUAAAGAUAAAGUGAGAAUGCGAUGGGAGAAGAUGAAGAGACCGAGCCUGGCCAACAUGGACAUGACGGAAACGAGAGCGAACUGUCCGUGGAGACACCCUACUCCUGGGCCGUCAUGGUUGCUACCUUCAUCGGCCAAGUCAUGAUCUAUGGCAUUUCCUGGACAGUCGGAGUAUACUUUGUCAUAUUCCUUGACGUCUUCCAGCAGGGGAAGGGGGCAACGUCUUGGGUAGGCUCAAUAAAUACAGCGUGUACAUAUUUGGCUGGACCAAUCUCUAGUGUGUUGAUGAAGAAGACGGGAGUGCGAUGGAUGAUGGUGAUAGGCGCGGUCAUUGCUGCAGGCGGCUUAUUGGCCAGUUCCUUUGUCACCGAGCUUUAUCAUCUCUACCUCACAUUCGGAGUGAUUACAGGUUUUGGCCUGGGUCUUGCCUAUGUGCCUUGCAUCUCAGCUGUAGGAUUUUACUUUGAUACGCACAGAACUAUUGCAAUAGGGAUAUCCGCUUCAGGGGUGGGGAUAGGGACAUUUGUUUAUCCUCCUUUAAUCCGUCUCCUGGAGGAUUCCUUCGGUUGGAGAGGGUCGCUCCUUGUUCUAUCUGGAGUAACACUGAAUCUAGCUGUGGUUGGUGCAUUCAUCCGCCCAAUUCAAAUAAAACAGACUGAUAAAAACAAAAACGAAGUUGAUGAGGAAAAGAUAGGGAUAUUGGAAAUGUUGGAUAUCACCAUCUUCAAGAACAGUCGUUACUUGUUGCUCUGUCUCAAUAAUCUGUUGCUCAUGUUCGGUAUAGGUAUUGUAUACGUCCAUCUCUCAGCAUAUGCAGAACUUCAAGGAGUCAAAGGAACAGCAAGUGCAAUGUUGUUCUCAGCGAUAGGAAUUGCCAACUUUUUAGGAAGGAUUUUCUUUGGCUUCGCUGGACAUCAUCCAAAAGUUAACGUCGUCCUAGCGUACAUCCUUGCUGCUUGUAUAUACGGCGUCUCAGUCGAGUGUCUCCCAGUGAUAACAGAAUACCCAGCUAUGGUUGCGAUAGCAGUGAUCUUCGGUUUCUUCACAGGAUCAUUUGGGACGUAUUUGCCCGACAUCCUCAUUACGUUCCUCUGCCUCCACCGUAUGCCAUGUGGUUAUGGGUACCUUCUAAUAUUUGAAGGCAUUGGACAACUCCUCGGCGCACCCGUCGCUGGUAUCUUGUACGACUCCACCGGAACGUACAUCUACUCAUUCUACCUUGGAGGGACCUGCAUUCUAGUCAGUGCUCUCAUCCUCUUCCCAGCCUGGCGAUGGAUUAAGCCGAAGUACUUAUCUGAUGUCGACAAUCUCAGUCGGUCGCCAUCAUUAUCGGAUGAAGAGUUCGGAUCCCAGGUUGCUGCAAUUGGUGAAAUGGAUGAUCUGCAGAAUGGUGGCUCUCUACCAAAGAUUAAUCUGUCGGCUGGCAGCAUCCAUUCACAUUCAAAAUCUCAGCGAAGUUUAAACCAAUCUCAGUACAGUCUUCACAGAUUCGGCGUCAUCAACAGAGAAACGUUGUUGAAAAGAAGGACUAGUUCAGCGCAGUGUCUCUGUCAGCAUCCUGUCUUGGAAGGGGCUGGUGGUUCAAACAGGUAUUUAAGUGCUGUUCCUGCCAGAUUAGAGUUAUACAGACCCUCAUCUGCUCGGUCACUUCAAUCAGCUCGCCCGAUGAUCAAAAACAGGGAGGGUAAUCUCAAAGUCCCUGUCACGCCAGAAGGGAGCCAUAAAGGCUCGAAAUCGUUAAUAUUUUCAGGCUCAAUGAGGACACUGAUGUAGAAUUGCAUUUUUAGCCGAAAAUGUGAUAUCAAAAUGGAGUUUUCUCAGCUGCUGUGACCGGCCUUGAGGACAGUGUUUCUCAUUUAGGUCAAAACUAGAAUCUCAUGUAGUUGGAAUCUCUUCAGCUUACAAAUAAUCUGUAAGUCUUAUAUAUUUUUGUUCAAACCUUUCUUUUUAGAGGUAUUUUGCGAGGGAUGAUCUGAGGUAACCUUGGUAGCAUUUUUAUAUUAGAACUAAUCUCAACACUUUAAAUUGCUCAUACUCCAGCUGAUGCUAUAGUACUGGUAGAACGGAACACGAAAUUUCAAUUAUUUCGUCUCUUACUUAGACAAAAUAGAGACAAAAUAGAGAUAUAACAUUAUAGUUUUCUCUGCUCCCACACAUUUCAAGUGUGACGUUGUCUGAGGAAUGUAUAGUUUCUCUGAGAUGGUGUUUCUCAGAAGCAAGGUGACAUAUACUAGAUGUUUAGUCCAAAACUCGGGCAGUGACAGUGCCUUUUGUUUUCAAGAGAGGUGAUCGUCAGGAGCCUGGACACACAUAUAGAAUCUCCGAAAGUUUACAAGUUAUCUGUAUUAAAUCCUAUAUACAUUUAUGUUCAAAUCUCUCGUAGUGCUUUUAUAUUAGAUCUAUCUAUACGAAUCACUUUUCAACAUGUUAUAUAUUUAUACAUGAUACUUGCAAUAGCACCUAACUAAAUACCAGAUGUGCAAAUGCAACUUGGUGUUAUUUAAGAUUAUUAGCUGUAUUCAUAUUAAGUUUUGUAACAUGUACUAUGCAACUGGUAUUGGCCUGGUUAACAGAAUACAAAAUGUCAAAUGCAUCACACACGUGUGUACCACGACUAGAAAGUAGUAUAUCCCUGCAGCAUUUUGCUAACACCAGAGUCUUUCAAGACUCAGCUUACGCCAAGACUAAAUAAACGCUUGUCUUUAUGAAAUUAAAUUAUAUUCCCAUACUUUUUUGCCGACAUGCACAAUUGUACUAAAUCCUGCACAAUUUACAUGUUGAAAGUCAUGAUAUACUGAACAAGUUUUAGAUGGUAAUGGUGGUAACUACAGCAGGCCAACAAUCAAUUUUGGUCGAUGCUUCUUCCAAUAUAUAACAUUGCGGUGUAUUUUUAUAGCAUACGCUUAUUUCCUAUUUGAAUGUCAUUGAAUAUAUUCACAAGGAUGCAUAACAAUAGCCGUGAUAUUCAGUAUGUAUUGCAACAUACAUACAUGUAGAUGUAUAACGAAACAGCUGUUGCAGAAGUAUUGUGCGAAGUCUUGGUGGUUAAUCAUGAAGCAAAUCAAUCUUUCCACAUCGUUGGUUGCAAUAAUGAUUAGUAGCCUAGCUAUAGGAUCUGGACAGGAGUAAUCCACGUUGAUGAAAACCCAGAGUCCGCAAAAUGUGCUAUUCAACACUGAAGAUAUUUCAGGAAGAAGAUGUGGUGUAGAACUCAUUUAGGCUGCAUUAGUAAGCAAUUUAGGCAGUGUUUACGAACUAUAACUGGGCAUAGAAAUGAUUAUGACCAUCUGCUAUGUCAGAAUUGGCCUCCCUGUAUCAGCAGCCAGUUUUAGGGGGUACCCCUUUCACUUAACAAGUACAAAUGACAACCAUAUAGAUCCUAUUGUUUCAUGGUUUUGAAUACAAAAAUCUGUUCCAAAGAUAUAAUUUUUAAGGGAAAUUCACACCUUUGAAUUUACCAAGACUUUUACAAUUUUAAAAUGCAUGUGAUAUAAAUUUUUUAUCAUGAAUAUUUAUUUAUACACAGUUGAUAAAUGAUUCUGUACAUGCAUGUAUAUAAAAAUCAGAUGCUGCUGCAGAAAGUACUAUUUGAGAAUCCAGAAGCCAUAAUGAUUAUAUGAGCUGAAUUGCAUCACAAUAAGAGUUGCCAAAACAAAAAAUUAUGAAUUCUAGAUAGGAAAAGUUCACAGGGUAAACAACGAGCGGACCAUGUUAUAUAGAUCUGUCUUGUAUGACGCAGUGAACACCACACAAAUAUUUUGAGAAUAGAAAUUUCUGCAGAAAAAUCAGGGUUAAUGUUUUAGGUGUUUGGUCAGUGUUAGCAAUUAUUUUCAGAAUCUGUCUCUUUCCUCAAUAUAUAUAUUAUACACAUUGCAAUAAAUGAAUACUGAACUCA